UCAUGCUGCUGCCAGGUCCAGAGUCUCUCAUGGGUCCCUGUACGGCCUCCCAUUGCUGCUGUCUCCAUCGCCACACUCUGCCAUGUGCCACUUUCAGGUCUCCUCACACUGCUGGUGUGUUGAAUUUUUUGACAUAGGGUGCUGGCAGAUUAUGGGCCUCCCUAUAGCUGCUGCCAGGCCCCUAAUCUGCCAUGGGGCCCCUAUAUACCGCCUCCUCAUGCUGCUGCCAGGUCCAGAGUCUCUCAUGGGUCCCUGUACGGCCUCCCAUUGCUGCUGUCUCCAUCGCCACACUCUGCCAUGUGCC